AUGGAGAAGGAGAGAAAAUCAUCGUCUGUAAAUGUAGUAGUGUCGGAUGUAGGAGCAUGGGGUAUGAACAUAAUAAGCUCAGUGGGCAUUAUCAUGGCCAACAAGCAGCUUAUGUCCCCAUCCGGUUUUGCUUUUGCCUUUGCAACUACUUUAAGUGGUUUCCACUUUUCCGUGACCGCAUUGGUCGGUUUGGUGUCAAAUGCUGCCGGUUACUCUGCAUCAAAGCAUGUCCCUAUGUGGGAGCUUCUUUGGUUCUCAAUUGUUGCAAAUAUGUCAAUCUCAGGAAUGAACUUCAGCCUCAUGCUGAACUCUGUUGGAUUUUACCAGAUUUCAAAGUUGAGCAUGAUUCCUGUGGUUUGUGUGAUGGAAUGGAUUCUUCAUGGAAAACACUAUUCAAAGGAAGUUAAGAUGGCUGUCACAGUGGUUGUCGUCGGUGUGGGCAUCUGUACAGUGACUGACAUGAAUGUCAAUGCAAAAGGCUUUCUCUGUGCCUGUGUGGCAAUAUUGUCUACAUCCUUUCAACAAAUUUCGAUUGGUUCCUUACAGAAGAAGUACUCCGUGAGCUCUUUUGAAUUGCUGAGUAAGACAGCUCCAAUACAAGCUCUCUCCCUUCUCAUUCUUGGUCCAGUCAUUGAUUAUUACCUUACCGGAAAACUUUUAUCAAAUUAUAAGUUGUCAUCAGGCGCAUUUUUUUUCAUACUACUCUCUUGCUCUCUGGCUUUGUUCUGCAAUGUGAGUCAAUAUCUCUGCAUUGGACGCUUCUCUGCCGUCUCUUUCCAGGUUUUGGGCCACAUGAAAACAGUAUGUGUCUUGACAUUGGGAUGGCUACUCUUUGAUUCAGAGUUGACUCUGAAAAACAUACUUGGUGUGGUUCUCGCUGUUGUUGGCAUGGUAGUGUAUAGUUCGGCAGUUGAGGUUGAGAAGAAAGCUAAUUCUAAGAUUAUUCCUGGGAAAGAAAGUCUGUCAGAAGAGGAUUCACAACUGUUGAAGGAGGACAAUGGGGAGAGUGGAGUGAACGAUGUAGAGCUUGGCAAGUCUAUAGGAUAGCUUGGCAUUUUCACAAACCCAAAAGUAUAGCUUCAAUUUUUUUUCUUCGAAUGGUAAAAAGU